UAAUUAGAAAUGAUUCGUAAGUCAUCUACGUUAGUAAUGUGCUAAAAGGUGCAAUCUGUAGCUGUUUGAGAAUUUCGUGGGAUCAUUUUUUAUUAAUUGCAUAAUAUAUUGUAUCUUUAUUGUCAACUGAAAAUUUGUUUCCCGUUUUCGCCAUGGAUACCAUUAAUUAGUGACAUUUUACAAAAUUGGCAAUCGAUUACAAGAUCAUAAAGAACAUUUGGCAAUUUUACUGUCUAUUAAAAAUUUUUCGUUGAUCGGGUGUUAGAAAUGGAACGGUGGUGUGGAAAAUUGGCCAUUGUAACAGGCGCUAGCGCUGGUAUCGGUGCUGCCAUAGCUCGAAGAUUGGCAGAAAGUGGAAUAGUCGUGGCUGGUGUCGCUCCCGACAAAGAAAGGAUCGAUGAAAAUGCGAAAAAACUACAAGGCAGAGGCAAAUUGUGCGGUUUCAAGAUUGACGUCACCAAAGAAAAUGAGAUUAUAAAAGGGUUCCAAGAAAUUUCGAAAAAACUCGGUCCAAUUCACAUACUGGUGAAUAAUGCGGGCAUCUUGCCGUACACUUCGUUGAUUGACGGUGAAACUGACAAGUGGAAGCAAGUUCUGGAUGUAAACAUUCUCGGGUUGUGCCUAUGCACAAGGGAAGCUAUCAAAAAUAUGAUUUGCAACAAAGUCGACGGUCACAUUGUCCAUAUAAACAGCGUUGUGGGCCACGGUGUGCCCAUAUGGAAGAACAUGAACCUGUAUCCGGCCACUAAACAUGCCGUAACCGCUCUAACCGACAGCUGGCGAUACGAAUUGAUCGAAAACUGCCUAAACAUCAAAGUUUCGAGUGUAAGUCCAGGUUUGGUUGCUACCGAAAUAUUUAAGGCCGCAACCUUCGAGUUGCCUCCUAAUCUAAAAACGGCCCCUACAUUGAACCCCGAAGAUAUUGCGAACGGGGUUGUUUACGCUGUUGGAACACCACCCCAUGUCCAAGUCAAAGAAUUAACUAUUAAGCCUAUGGGAGAAACGUUCAUCUAAUAAUAGACAUAUAUCUAGGGGGGCAUUUGACCUUAAAAUAUAUUAUUUGUGGGAACAAAGCCAAAAGUUUCGGUCCUUCUUAUUAUUAAAUUAUAUAGUCUACAAUAAAAGAAAACUAAAUUAAUAUAUGUAUGUACAGUACACUUGAUGUGAUUCUUGCUAUUGUAUAUCCAAAUGUCAAUAAAUAUUUUUCCUUUUCGUUA